AUGCCUCCAACCGAGACUGAUCACGGCAUGUUGUGCCUGACAAGGCAUGAGAAUUGCCCGUGGGAGCAGGCGUUGAAAUCCGCUGAUGUCGCAUGGUCAGGGCUGCAGUACACCUGUCUGAAGGUUUUGCAUCUGUACUGCAAGGUCUUCGAACGGGAGGAUGUGCUGGAGUUAGUUAUUAGGAAAACCUGCAAGUCUUGUGGUUGCGAUCGUCUUAAGCACUCCGUGUACCAUGAAGAGUUGGGCUCAGUCAGGGACCGACUUGGUCUUCGGGAAACGCGUGGUCACCAUGCAUACGACAACAGCCCACCUGGACUCACUGCCAAGCAGACAGAACUGUACUGGUCAUCACUAGCCGAGCGUGCCCCAACAAUAGGAGGCGCCACGGGCACAGCAGCAUGGCGCGCGUGGAGAACACGGGCCCUUGCGACUCAGCUUCCAAAGCAGGAUCUAUCACUAGAACAUUGUAGAAAUAUAGACGAAACCCACCAUAAGCAGUUCGAAGAUUUUGUUGCAGCUAGGAAUGAAAUCGCGUUGGAUAUAGGUAUCGCUAGUCAAUAUCACGGAAUAUCAACAACCUGUUAUGGGUGCUUGAAAAAAAUAAGUACCGGCAGUAUUGUAAUUCAGGCUCCAAAGCUCGAAGAAGAGGAAUAUUACCAUCCUUCGUGUUUUUCGUGCUCGGUAUGUGACGAAUUGUUGGUGGAGCUCGCCUACUGCACGCUAGAUGGCAGGCUCUUCUGCAUCCGGCACUAUGACGAACGGUUGAAGCCUAGGUGCCAUGCCUGUGACGAGUGUGAUUUACUGCGGUCCACUCGUGCGCACGGCCCGCCCGUGACGUCAUCGCGUAUCGAGUUACGCGCGUGGCUAACUCCGUACGCGGAGGAUAACUUUCACUUUAUCCCAAGGUCAUAG